GGUAUCAACCGGCUUGCAACAUUCUGUGCAUAAAUCCACGGACCUUAAAAAAGCCGGCGUUAAAUGCAAUAAGUCUAUCCCAAGUCUAGAGGCAGGACAGUGAGUUCUUAGCAUGUAGGACGUCGCUGAUGACACUUCUGGCCUCCGAACUGUAGGCGGCGCUGUGAUCUGUUUGGCCUCUUGGGAGCUGAGGGUUCACCGCGCAAGCGUACUGAGAACUUCUCGUCUGUGUCCACGUGUGAACUGUCUGGGCAGCUUUUUCGAGAAAAAUGCCCAAAUUCAAGGCGGCCCGCGGGGUGGGAGUUCAGGAAAAACAUGCGCCCCUUGCCGAGCAGAUUCUGGCUGGGGACGCGGUGCGGCUAGGGGCUCGGGAGAAGCGGCGGGGUCGCGGAACCGAAGAAGAGGAAGAGUAUGUAGGGCCCCGGUUGACCCGACGAAUUUUGCAGCAAGCGCGGCAGCAGCAGGAGGAGCUGGAAGCCGAGCAUGGGACUGGGGGCAAGCCCGCGGCGCCCCGGGAGCGCAUCACGCGGCUGGGUCCAGGAGUGCCACAAGAUGGAUCAGAUGAUGAGGAUGAAGAGUGGCCCACCCUGGAGAAGGCUGCCACAAUGACAGGGGUGGGCCACCAUGCAGAGGUGGUCGUGGACCCUGAGGAUGAGCGUGCCAUUGAGAUGUUCAUGAAUAAAAACCCUCCUGCCAGGCGCACCCUGGCUGACAUCAUCAUGGAGAAGCUGACUGAGAAGCAGACGGAAGUUGAGACAGUCAUGUCCGAGGCAACCGGCUUCCCUGUGCCCCAGCUGGAUCCCCGGGUCCUGGAGGUCUACAGAGGAGUCCGGGAGGUGUUAUCUAAGUACCGCAGUGGGAAGCUGCCCAAGGCAUUUAAGAUCAUCCCUGCGCUCUCCAACUGGGAGCAGAUCCUCUACGUCACAGAGCCUGAGGCCUGGACUGCUGCUGCCAUGUACCAAGCCACAAGGAUUUUCACCUCUAACCUGAAGGAACGCAUGGCCCAGCGUUUCUUCAACCUUGUCCUGCUCCCCCGGGUACGGGAUGACAUUGCUGAGUACAAACGACUGAAUUUCCACCUCUACAUGGCACUCAAGAAGGCCCUGUUCAAGCCUGGAGCCUGGUUUAAAGGGAUCCUGAUCCCACUGUGUGAGUCAGGCACCUGUACCCUCCGGGAAGCCAUCAUCGUGGGUAGCAUCAUCACCAAGUGCUCCAUCCCUGUGCUGCAUUCCAGUGCGGCCAUGCUAAAAAUUGCCGAGAUGGAAUACAGCGGGGCCAACAGCAUCUUCUUGCGACUGCUGCUGGAUAAGAAGUAUGCACUGCCCUACCGGGUGCUGGACGCCCUGGUCUUCCACUUCCUGCGGUUCCGGACAGAGAAGCGCGAACUGCCGGUGCUCUGGCACCAGUGCUUCCUGACUUUGGCCCAGCGCUAUAAGGCAGACCUGGCCACAGAGCAGAAGGAGGCCCUCCUGGAGCUGCUCCGGCUGCAGCCCCACCCACAGCUGUCCCCUGAGAUCAGGCGUGAGCUUCAGAGUGCGGUACCCCGAGAUGUGGAAGAUGUUCCCAUUACCAUGGACUGAGGAAACAGUCACUCAUCCUGGUCUGAGGGGCGUGGGAGGACACCAGGAUCCCUGUUUGGUGACUAACAGUGACACUGAGCCUUUACAGCUGAAGGCCCAGUUUUGGGCAGUGACGGCUCAUGGGCAUCUGUGACUCCCAGUACCUGACAGGGAGGACAGCGUCUAGCUGGCUCCUUUUUCCAUUCUAGGCCAUCGUUCCUGCUCAGUUCUGGAGCUCUUUGAGAUUCCACACCCAGCAUUCCACAUACUGCCCUGCUGGGGCUUGGAGUAAGUACUGUUCUCUCUCAGGCUGUUGUGUCACAUCACUGGGAUGUGGAUAAAAAGGCGGUAUUUAUUGA